CAAAGAGAGGAGAGACAAAACAGGAACAGAUCAGAAUUCAGACAUCAUUUUCAUGAACAGCGCACAAUAGUUUUCGUGAACGUUGAUCUGAUAUUGUCCUGGGAUCCUCCUUGUCCUAGUCAUUCUUGGAGCAAACAUCGUCAGCUGCAGAUUUGGAUCCAGAAGUUCCUUCAAGAAUUCAAGUCAUGCUAUUUUGGUAUCCUCCUUUUGGGUCAACUCUCGGAUGAGCUUAGGAGCACCCAACUCAAAGGAAACGCCGAUUCUUGAACUGGGUCCUCCGUGUCUGACGACUUCCUAGAUCAAAAAGAAUGAUUCCCUCAAGAAUUCCCAACUUUCCGGGGAGGAACAAAGCGAUCUUGAUGUGGGUCAACCGUUACUCAAAGAAAUAGACCAUCUUUCACAGGAAGCUUUACUCCAACAUCAAGAUAGAGGCUGACAUAUGGAGGAGACUGACAAUCUUGUGGUCUCUGAGGAGAUAGAGGCUGUUGCGGAGGAGAAAGUGCCCAGAUGGAGGGGUUGCGAUUUCUUCUGGGCUCCAGUCCAAUGGGUGAGAAUGCUCGCGGCGGAAAUGCAUUGGAGCUUUGUUCUUGGGGUGGUGAUUGGGUAUGGAGUAAGCCAAGGGCUUGGGGGCGCACUGUCUGAUGUCGCGACGAAGUACUACAUGAAGGAUGUUCAGAAGGUUCAGCCUUCUGAGUCUCAGGUCUAUUCAGGAAUCAUAUACAUUCCUUGGAUUGUCAAACCAAUUUGGGGACUUCUGACUGAUGUCCUCCCGGUUGCCGGGUACCGGAGACGGCCCUAUCUUGUUUUAGCAGGUAUUCUCGGAGUAUUUUCCAUGCUCGUGUUAUCGUUCUAUAAGGUGCACCUUGUUCUAGCCCUAGUGCUGUUGACAGCAGGAACUGCUGGUGUUGUAAUUGGAGAUGUUGUAAUUGAUGCCUGUGUGGCACAGAACAGCAUCAGCCAUCCUUCUCUGGCAGCUGAUAUGCAAAGCUUGUGUGCCCUGAGCGAGUCAACUGGAGGACUCGUGGGUUUUGUCAUCAGUGGGAUCUUUGUCCACAGAAUUGGUCCAAUGGGAGUGUUUGCUCUGCUUACAAUACCAGCUGGGCUUAUGCUAUUACUAGGAAAUAUUCUCGAUGAGCCUCACACACCAAAUUUUGCUUACAGACAGGUCAGUCAGAAGUUUCUUGAUGCUGGAAAGGCCAUGUGGACCACUUUGAAAAUCCCAGCUGUGUGGAGACCGUGUCUAUACAUGUACUCAUCCAUUGCACUAAGUUUGAAUAUUCGUGACGGAAUGUUCUAUUGGUAUACAGAUGCAGAUGGAGGUCCAUCUUUCUCUGAGGAGACUGUUGGUUAUUUGUUCUCAGUUGGUUCUGUCGGUUACUUUCUUGGGGCAAUACUAUUCCAACAUGGCCUUAAGGAUCACCCUUUUCGGGAUAUGUUAUUGUGGACUCAGUUGUUCUUUGGUCUGUCAGGAAUGCUUGACCUGGUUCUCAUACUCCGGUUAAAUUUGAAACUUGGCGUGCCAGAUUAUUUCUUUGCCGUGAUCGAUGAAGGGGUCUCCCGUUUGAUUGGAACACUCAAACUGAUGCCUCUGUACGUGUUAAGCUCGAAGCUUUGUCCCUCUGGUAUAGAGGGCACUUUCUUUGCUCUGCUCAUGUCCAUCGAGAAUAUUGGGAUUCUCUCAGCAUCUUGGGGAGGCGGCUUAUUACUUCACAUACUUGGGGUCACUAGAACUCAAUUCGGUAAUUUAUGGUUGGCUAUUUUGAUCCGUAACAUAUUAAGGAUCUCUCCGCUUUGUCUGCUGUUCUUGGUUCCCGGAGGGGAUCCAAAUGCUUCCCUUCUUCCAGACGAAGUGUUAGCUUCGAGAGAAGGGACUGAGACGGUGGAGCCACAGCACAUUGAAUUGGUUUCACUUGUUAAUGGCGCCGAAGCUAAAUAACUUUGGGGCAAACCAGUAGCUACACAAUUCGCUUGCAUAUUUUAGAGGAAAUUACUCCAAAGGGGAAAUGGAGGCUGGAUAGAGGGUAAUUCUUGUUCUGUAGCUGAUUAUUGAGUGCAUCUUCCCUUCCCCCGAGGCGCAUUUUUUAUUUUGCUCGUCUAGCUUCAUAUUUACAGAAACUGAGAAGCAACCCAUUCAUCAAAAUAACGUGUCGGUUCAGAAGAGACAAUGGUCGUCUUUCUUUAAUUUCCGUUGCUCGGACUCCCGUUCCCAUGUAACUUGUGCAUGAAGAAAGACAGGAUUUGUCCCCUUGGAAGGGACAUUAAGAAGGUCAAGCGUGUCUUGACUUGCGAUGUGCAAGAAUGAAGAUUUUGCAGACCGUUCCGAACAGGUGGAUGAGCAAUGGUUUGAUUGAAGGAUUUUCACUUGCGACCGACCGACCAUGCCAAAGCUUUCAUGUUUUUUGCAUGUUCGACUCCCUACAUUCUCUCCCCACGAUUUAAUGAUAAUGUAUGGUAUGGACAAGUGCUACUCUUUUUACAAAGAAACACAUGAAAUGUCUGAAUUAGCAGACUCAAUUUACUGA